ACCUGCUAUUGCUUCAUGCCUGAGCAAACAGCCCGGCAGUGGAACGGGCACACGUUGGUGCUGGGGAUGUCCAGCAUUGCUGGCAGCCCUAUAAAAGGGACGGAGCUGAGCAAAGCCUGGCACAGCAGGAGCAUCCUGCUGGACAGCCAGGAGAUGUUGGCCACCCUCGCCCUCCUCCUGGGGCUGCCACUGGCCCUGGGCACCGAGCCCCCGAGCUGUGCCCCGCUCGUCCCGGUCACCUUGGACAACAGCACCGUCCCUCGGCUCCUGGGACAGUGGUUCUACAUCGUGGGUGCCUCCAAGUACCCCCCUUACCUGGAGGAGCUGAAAGCAGUGACAUACGCGGCUUUUUCCUUCUCUCCUGGCAGCCACGAGGAUGAGCUCAACGUCACUGAAAUCAUGAGAAUAAACGAGACGUGUGUGGUGAGGAACUCCAGCAAGGUGCUGGUGUUCCAGCAGAACUCCACCCUGAUGCACGUGGAGGGAGAUAAGCGRGAGGUUUCCAUGGCCAGACUGAUCCAGAGUGACAAGGACCUGCUGAUCCUGAACCACAUCAACAGCGACUUCCCAUCUCUGAGCCUGUCAGCACGGACACCAAAUGUGAGCAAGGAGCACAUGGAGGAGUUCAAAGCCCAGCUGCAUUGCCUGGGUUUCGCUGAGGAGGAUGUGUUCUACACUUCCAGAGAGCAUACCUGUCUCCUUCCUGGGGAGAAAACGGGCAAAGGCAGCGCAGAUCCACAGCUGGGGUAACCCCCAUGGACCGGGUCAGCUGCUCCAUCCUCAUCCUCCUCCAGCCCCAGCCGGGCUCAGCACAGCCUCAGGAUCUCCUAUCCUGUCCAUAUUUCAUUUUUUCCUCCUGGUUUACACACCMAAUUUCACUGUUCUCAACCCAAAAUAAAUUCCUGUGUUACAACCA